UUGUUGGAAGGUACUGGAAAAAAUUAUCUCAGGGGACUAUUGAAAAGCGAAAAUUCAGGAAAUAUUUUAUUUCAGUUAUGUUUCUUCAGUUUUUCACAGCAAGCCCGGAGCCUCCCAAACCUAGACAGGAGGAUUCCAAAAGUCGGAGUGCUUUGUUAACUCAGAUCCAGAGAGGCACUCGCUUAAGAAAGAUAGUGCAGACCGAUGACCGAAGUGCGCCUCAGAUUGAAAACUCUAGAAGAAGGACCAGCAGAGAAGGAGGAAGCCUGGGAAUGGGCAGAAAUGAUGUCCCUCAGGCAUUGGGUAGCCUCUUUGCAGAUGGUUUUCCUGUUCUGAGACCUGUAGGCCAAAGAGAUUUGACAGGGAACAGGUCUGGACAGCCUCAGGGAGUGAAAACGUCGCCUCCUUUGAAGUCUCCAGGCUCACUGAACAGUAAUGGGAAAGCCAACGGCAGCCUUCAGAUGACACCUGAGAGCCCAAAGCCAGCAGAUCAGUUGGAAAAUUCCGGGGCCCAACGAACGAUACCGCCCCGUCCCACGGUCCCAGCUCCUCCUCUGCCACCACCGCUGCCUCCACUUCCUUCCGGCAAACCUUCGCUUAUCUUCCCGCCUCCCCCACUUCAUCCUCCUCCCCCUGCGGAAAGCCCUGACAAACCAACCUCCCCAAGCAUUCCUCCCCCUCCCCCUCCACAAAGCGACAAGCCUCUUAAAACGCCAUCAUCCCCUUCGCGCGUCCUUCCUCCUCCCUUGCCUCUUGUGCCUCCUUGCGGGCUUCCAGGGAGAACAAGUGAGUCACCCAGCCCUUCUUCCUCUCAGCUGGAUCUGAGAAUUAAUCCCCCGCCUGUGCCUCCACCCCCACCUCCCCUAGGGCCUACAACUACUUUUUCCUCAAGCAGGCCAUCUUUGCCGUCUCCACCUUCACCAAAUAGCAGCCAGGAUGCUCUUCCGCCAUUGCCCCCCAAGUCCCUGCUAGUGCAGUCCCAGUUACAGAAGCCCACCAUUCAAUCCUUGCCCCUACCCCCUACCCCUCCUGGCCCACAGCAAGCGGUUGUAACACAGAAGAGAAGGCAAGGCAGAGGUGGAGGAAAACUGACAACACCACCAGUACCUCCUGCAAGGUCUCCAACAACUGAACUCUCAAGCAAAUGCCAGUAUGCCCAAAUCUCAGUGGUUACCCAUGAGCUUUAUCCAGCACUUAAGAAUGGAACUGUGCACAUAAGUGAUGAUUUUGAGGCUAAAUUUACUUUCCAUUCUGUGGAAGAAUUCCCUCCGCCAGAUGAGUUUAAACCAUUUCAGAAAACCUAUCCUAGCCAAGAAGCUAAAGAUAAUCCACCGUUAAGAACACAAGUGAGAUGAAAAGAUCCUACAGCAC